GGAGGAGAGGUCUCCACAUCUCCAGACAAGUCCGACACCGACACACCGAAUCCGACUUUACGCACAGGAGGGGGCGGCCCCGGUGUCGCUAAAAGAAUCAAAGUUACACUUGAAGGUCUAAAGGCUCUGAUGGGUGACGCGAUAAAACAGAUUUUUGGAAGUUAUACCAUCGUCUUUUAAUCCGGACGCUGUGCGCUUUUCCUCUCGUUUGAGACUGAUUCCCUUUAACUCUGCGCGCAACUCUUCCUUAACAAGUAUACCGAAGGGAUCACUCUGUGUAGGGUUGUUAUUAUUGCUCUUCUGUGCGCAAAUGUGUUUUUUCUUUCUUCUACAAAUUAAAUAAGUGAAGUUAAAUCAGAAAAAGACUAUGCAACCCGGGCGUUUUUUGGAGACGGUCUGAAUCAGGCUUCAUGUUCGGAGCAUUCAUGGUCCGAUAAUUGGAACAGAGAGAGAGACUGAAAGUAAGAAUUAAAGAGCUAAAAAAAAAAAAAAGACAUUUUGGGAGAAUUUAAAGGUGUGUUUUUUUGCGGGAACAUCUGUCCAGGUGUGUCCCGCCGCCGAGCGGUGGUGCGGAGUCUCCAGCUCAGGCCGGCAGCAAAGACAUGCUGCCCAAAUUCGACACUGAAUCCCUGGGACUCUCUCGAUCGUAUGGAGAACAAGGGCGCAUGCCAAGGAAUAUGCAAGCCCACCAGAUCAAAAUGAUGGACUAUUCGUAUGACGAAGACUUGGACGAGAUGUGUCCCGUGUGCGGAGACAAGGUUUCAGGAUAUCACUACGGACUGCUGACCUGCGAGAGCUGCAAGGGCUUCUUCAAGCGCACCGUCCAGAACAACAAGCGCUACACAUGUAUAGAGAACCAGAGCUGCCAGAUUGACAAGACCCAGAGGAAGCGCUGCCCGUACUGCCGCUUCCAGAAGUGCCUCACCGUCGGCAUGAAGCUAGAAGCUGUGCGGGCGGACCGCAUGCGUGGCGGUCGCAACAAGUUUGGCCCGAUGUACAAACGCGACCGGGCCCUCAAGCAGCAAAAGAAGGCGCUGAUCCGAGCCAACGGCCUGAAGAUCGAGGCCAUGACUCAGGUGAUGCAAGCCGUGCCCACCGACCUCACCAUCUCCUCAGCCAUCCAGAACAUCCACUCGGCCGCGUCCAAGGGCCUUCCGCUGAGCCACCACCCGGGCCACCACCCCGGCCACCACCACCACCACCACCAUCACGCCACCGCCCUGCCCCCCACAGACUACGACCGCAGCCCGUUUGUCACUUCGCCGGUCAGCAUGGCGAUGCCGCCGCACGCCGGCAGCCUGCAGGGCUACCAGGCGGCCUACGGACACUUCCAGGGCACGCGCACCAUCAAGUCCGAGUACCCCGACCCGUACACCAGCUCGCCGGAGUCCAUCAUGGGCUACGCCUACGUCGACGCCUACCAGACGGGCUCGCCGCCCAGCUUCCCUCACUUGAUCGUAGAGCUGCUCAAGUGCGAGCCAGACGAGCCACAGGUUCAGGCCAAAAUCAUGGCGUACCUGCAGCAGGAGCAGGCCAGCCGGGGCAAACACGAGAAGCUCAACACCUUCGGCCUCAUGUGCAAGAUGGCCGACCAGACGCUCUUCUCCAUCGUGGAGUGGGCGCGCAGCAGCAUCUUCUUCCGUGAACUCAAGGUGGACGACCAGAUGAAGCUGCUGCAGAACUGCUGGAGCGAACUCCUCAUCCUCGACCACGUAUUCCGGCAGGUGAUGCACGCUAAGGAGGGCUCCAUCCUAUUGGUCACUGGCCAGCAGGUGGACUAUGCAGUGAUUGCCUCUCAGGCGGGAGCCACCCUCAACAACCUGUUGAGCCACGCCCAGGAAAUGGUGGCCAAGCUACGCGCCCUCCAGCUGGACCAACGGGAGUUCGUCUGCCUCAAGUUCCUGGUCCUAUUCAGCCUGGAUGUGAAGAACCUGGAGAACUUCCACCUGGUAGAAAGCGUGCAGGAGCAGGUCAACGCGGCGCUGCUGGACUACGUCAUGUGCAACUACCCGCAGCAGACGGACAAGUUCGGCCAGCUGCUCCUCCGGCUGCCGGAGAUCCGAGCCAUCAGCCUGCAGGCCGAAGAGUACCUUUACUACAAACACCUGAACGGCGACGUGCCCUGCAACAACCUGCUCAUCGAAAUGCUUCACGCCAAGAGAGCUUAGGACAAGGACUGCGCUACCCAUAAUGCAGCGGUGCAGACAUCCUGAGAGUUUUGCUGCAGCACCCAAAAAACUCCAAAUAACUUGAACCUCCAGCUUGACUGAGUGAUGACCUGGAGGACGGAGAGCAGAGAGUGUUAGCAACCACCUUGUUUAUAUUGAGCUCAUUUUGAUCUUCAAGUUACAGCUUGGAGGACAGAUUUGGACACAGAUAGAGACAGAUAAUGUGCAUACACAAACAGCAUAUGGAUCCCUUUAUUCUAAAAAAAAAAAAAAAAAAAAGAAGAGCCGCAUCUCCUCAACAACACAGACAAAGACAAUAUUGAAAGGAAAAAAAGAAAAACACUUGAAACAAACAUUUGGCACGAGAUGGGAUCUAAUCGUCAAGACUGGCAGGCUGCAACUUAUAGAAUUAACAACCCUCGAGUGUUUCAGCGCUGGUGACAUUGAGAGAGGCUUUUUGUGACUAGAGCGGUGGCUUAUUUCGGUCGACGAUCUCUCACUGAAACCGGCUUUUAGCCGUCGUUGGUACUGUAAAGACAAACGGACAAGCAGUCAACCAGGCCAGAGACUCGUACCCACUGUCACAUCUGUUUUUUGAACUCACAUAAGAUGCCCACCCCGGCAGCUUGACCUGACUGCGAAGGGAGAAAAAAAAUAAAGGAGGAACAUUCUUUAAUGAACAAAAUGAUAAAUAGGCCGAUAAGAAGAAAAAUAAAUGUGUUUUUGUUCUCAUGAAAUGGAAGUCAUUUGCUCCUCGUGGUCACCUUGUGGUUCCCCUUUCUUAUUCCACCACCCUGAAUCAUCUUAAACUAUGUACCUCAGAAAGACCAGUGUUAAAUAAAUUCAAUUAAUAAUGUCAGCUGAAACAAUUGUAUUUAUAGCCCUUUUUCAUGCAAAAAAAAAAACACCCUCCCUUUUUAUUAUUAUUUCAUUACAACUGGAACAAAACAAAGUGUGAUUCUGGGGACGGAGAAGGAUCGACCCUGCCUUUGUCCGGAAAGACCAAAGCUUGCUGCAGAACAGAAGAAGGAAAUUACAAAAAAAACCUUAAUAAUCAGUAUUAUAAGAGAAAAAAAAAAAGAUUUGUGAUGUCACAGUUAUGUGAGUCUUGCCUUAUUUCAUUACCAUGCUAGCUAACCGUGCAGAUGUGAAUGAAAAUAUGUACAAAUAUAUAUAUAAAGUAUUAAUGUUGUAAAAAAUUUAAAAAAAAAAAGAAUAAUUCAACAGGUGUUUACAUUCAUGUGGUCAUAUGGGAGAGAACUGUGAUGAAGCAUAAAUUGCAAAGCAAUGAUUUCCUAAAAAAUGAAAUCAACGAAAUGAAAAAAAAAGAAGAUCCCUCUGGUUUGCUUUCUUUGGUGUGUGUACAGUGUUUUUUAUUUGUUUCGAGCAGUACUUAAAUUAUGUCGUGAGACACUAAAAUCAAAAAGGAAUCACACUUAAAAUAUUAAUUUCUUUCUGUGUCUGCUGGCAUUCAAACGUUUGUUUCUUAAGCGUUGCUGUGUAAGGGUUCCGUUUCACUUUCAACCUUUUUUGUAGACUUUUUUUUCUUUUUUAUUUACAGUGCUUUUACCUUUUUUUUUUGUUGAUGUACAGUAUGUCACUGGUUACGCUUAAUAAUGAAGAUAAUUUAUUGCGUCUCUGGGUUUCCAUCUUUGUGUUACAUGACGUGAGGUGUCCGCGCCAGAAUAAAUUUGUUUACUGUA